ACCAUAUGUGUAGGGGUAGGGGUAGGGUACCAACUUGCUAGGCUACCCCACAUUUCUUAGCCUAGAAGCACUCUCUCUCUCUCUCUCUCUCUGCACACACUGAAUUCGAUGUCCCUCUCCCCCUACACUAAUUUCGUGUUUUUGUCUGUGUGCAGGUGUCUUCAAUAAUAAAAAAAUCAAAAACAUAUUCGUACCCAGCCAUGGAUGACACUUGCACUUGCACUUGCACUUGCAGCCAUGGAUUCUCCAAGCCAAUCCCCGUCGUCCUCUCUCUCACUCCGCCGCCGCUAUUUGUCUUUUUGCGCCGCCGCAAUCUCCCCUCCUCCACCAAUCCCAUCCAUUUCUCUUCUUCCCACCAAACCACCUGGUUUUGUUGCUCAACUUGUUUGCACCCGCCCACUGGUUUUCAGACUCCAGUCAACAUGCAACAAAUCCAGUAUAUAAAUCCAACCCCAUGCUUCCAUACAUACAAUCGAUCCCUUUCUGGUCUGGCCUGCCACUGCCAUGAUAAUGACGCAGCCACAGAUCAGCGGCGGCGCAGCGGCGACUGCGAGUGCGAGUGGGUGCCGGCGCCAGACUUUCCACGACUUCUUCGAGUCCUGGAUCGUCGAGCAGAACCAGUACCUUCAGGAGCUCCUCCACGCUUCCAAAAACCACCCCGAAGACCAGGACCUCCUCCGCCCCCUGAUCCAACGAGUCCUCAACCACUACCGCCACUACUACCGCUCAAAAUCCACCUUGGCCAAGGACGACAUCCUCGCCAUGUUCAACCCUAGCUGGCGGAGCAGCUUCGAGGACGCCUUCCUCUGGAUCGGCGGUUGGCGCCCCACCAUGGCCUUCCACCUCCUCUACUCCAAGUCCGGCCUCCAGCUCCAGGCCAACCUCACCCACCUCCUCCAGGUCCAGGACCUCCUCAUCCACACCCGCGACCUCGCCGACCUCUCCCUCCGCCAGCUCGAGCAGAUCGACAAGCUCCAGACCGCCACCGUUAAGGAGGAGAAGGCAAUCACCGAGAAAUUAGCCAAGCACCAGGAGAGACUCGCCGAUCCUGCCAUGGUCCAGCUCGCGCACGCCGCCACCGACGACGACGAGCAGCAGCCGAUCCCCAUGGACGAGACGCAGUUGGAGGCGGCGCUGGCGACCAAGGAGGAGGGGCUCGUCGAGGUGCUGAAGAAGGCCGACGAGUUGCGGCUCAAAACCCUAACAAAUGUCAUCCAGGUGCUCACCCCGAUACAGAGCGUCCAUUUCCUCAUCUCAGCCGCGGAGCUUCAUCUUAGGGUUCAUGAAUGGGGGAAGAGGAGAGACACCAGACGCAAUAAUAAUAACAAUAAUAAUGACAUUAAUCAUCCACCACCGCCACCGCCACCGCCACCGCCAUUUGAUGGCAGCGGCGGUGGCAAUGGCGACGGAGACCACUCAUAAACACAAACCACCACUCAUCUCAUUCCAUUCCAUUCCAAGUAUUAUUAGUAUUAUAUAGUUAUUAGGUCACAAGUAUUAUUAUUAGCAGUAGUAUAACCAUGGAAAUUUUAUAUCAUAUUAUAUUUUAUUGGC